AUGGUGCAGGUCUUGUGGACUGGUGGUUAUCCUCUGUUACGACAGUGGGAUUACCAGAAGUCUUUCUGGAAGUUGAGGUGUGACGCUCAUCUUACAAAGCCAGAGAUCCGGGCCUUAUUACGAGAUGCUGGCCGCCCGGUCAAAUUCAGCACACCCAAAGAGGAGCUCUUGCAGAAGCAAAUUCGUGGACAACGGGGCUUGCUCAAUUACGAUCAAUGUUCUGUGGCUGAGCUGCGUGCAUUCUGUAUAGCACGAGGCUUAGCGAGCUCUCAGGAGGCAAAACGCUUGCGUGUCUUGAACGCCAUUCUCAAAUUGAAUGAGGCUGACGAUGGCGAAACAUUCAAUCACUUUCUGGAGCUGCCAGCUGAGCUUCGUGUGUAUAUCUACGAGCUCUAUCUGAGAGACUUCGACACAGACACAAAGCCACUGGACGCACCGUAUCCGAUACCCCUCGCCGAAGUAUGCAAUCUUGUGCGUUGCGAGGUCCUACCGGUAUAUUACAACACUUGCACAUUCAAAUUGAACGUCUGGAACAUUGAGCGUGAUGCCAUGGCCCGUCGUUUAAGAGCAGCAUCACUGUGGGACUUCGUGUGCAAAGGUCCAGCAGGGCAAUUGUCCAUGUUGCGCAAACUCUAUAUGGAAGGGAGUAUCGACGAUGAGAUACCUUAUCAUGAUGACGAUGUUGGGGAGACCACAGUGUACUGCUACAUCGAUCUUGGCACUGACCACAAACGUUCAGAAGUUCUCGUGGACUACCAGGCUUCCGAAGAGAUGGGCGAAGACGAGCUCGAUGUGGCUGCGGGUCUGGUUCAGCAUGUUAUAAAUGCGAUUGAUGCAAGACCUGGUCGCAAGGAAUUACUCAAGAGCGAUGUUGAAGCUAUCAGGGACAUCUUCUGGCACCCACCGGAAGCUCUGCGCAGGCCCACGAAGAUGGACGGUGAUGAAGACGAUGAAGACGAUGAAGAUGAAGAAGCGGAUGAAGAAGACGAUGAUGACGACGAUGAAGACGAAGAAGCGGGUGAGGAAGACCAGACAGUUAGUGACUCGGGAACGAAACGGUUGGACUGA